UCGCCUUCAUAGUUCUCAGCUUCUCACUCGUCUCCUAAUCUAAUUCUAGAUGGCCACAAUCAGUAUCUCAUCACCGGCGACGGCGAGCUCCCGGUCUUCUAUUCCAUCACUAUUCACCGUUUAUUCCCACUAUACCCCCAAAUUCCCCCUUCAUUCACUCCCGAAGUCUUCUAUCUUCUUCCCUUCCAUAAGACUUCGACCCAUAAACAGAACAAAGCCCCGGUUCCUAACCGUCGUCGUUUCUGCUGCGAAGAAGCUAUCGGAGACGGAUUUGGUGGCCGUUCCAUCGGAGCCCGACGCAAUAAGUGGCAUAUUCCCCCAAGAUUCUGGCGUCUAUGCUGUCUACGACAGUAGCUCCGAGCUGCAAUUCGUCGGCAUAUCUCGGAACAUCGCCGCCAGCGUACUCUCCCACAAGAAAUCUCUUCCUGAGCUCUGUUCCUCCGUCAAGUUUGGUGUUGUGGAUGAGCCUGAUAGAACGGCUUUAACCCAAUCUUGGAAGUCAUGGAUGGAAGAACAUAUAGCAACUGCUGGCAAGGUACCACCGGGUAAUGAAUCAGGAAACACUACAUGGGUUCGGCAGCAACCAAAGAAGAAGGCUGAUCUGAGGCUCACACCAGGGCGACAUGUCCAAUUGACGGUGCCUCUGGAAGCUCUCAUUGACCGGCUAGUGAAGGAGAACAAGGUAGUGGCAUUCAUUAAAGGAUCACGAAGCGCUCCACAAUGUGGCUUUUCACAGAGAGUUGUGGCAAUUCUUGAGAGUCAAGGAGUGGAUUACGAAAGUGUUGAUGUUCUUGAUGAAGAGUAUAACACUGGGUUAAGAGAGACGCUCAAGAGUUACAGUAACUGGCCUACAUUCCCUCAGGUUUUCGUGAACGGGGAACUGGUUGGUGGAUGUGACAUCUUGACUUCCAUGUACGAGCAAGGUGAGCUCGCCAGCUUACUCAAAGGUUAGAUGCCAUCUAAAUUGGAAUUAUGUUGUACCAAGUUGAAUAACAGUGACAUUAAUAUUCAAUAUGCUGAAUGAAGCUUCUUGUAAUUUCUGUUUCUGUUCUUCUUUCCCAAGGUCACUGUGUAUUUCAGAGCCUUGAGAUACAAGGAAAUUUUUUGUGUCCA